GAGGCAGCUAGCACAAGGCUGGGAGCCCUAGCCGCGCGUAGUGCCCUGCGCUGCCCAGACUCAGGAACAACACAGUCAGGAUGGCUAAAGGGGACCCUAAGAAACCAAAGGGCAAGAUGUCUGCUUGCACCUUCUUUGUGCAGACCUGCAGAGAGGAGCACAAGAAGAAGAACCCAGAGGUCCCUGUCAAUUUUGCAGAAUUUUCCAAGAAGUGCUUGGAGAGGUGGAAGACAAUGUCUGGGAAGAAGAAAUCGAAGUUUGACGAAAUGGCCAAGGCAGAUAAAUUGCGCUAUGACCGAGAGAUGAAAGAUUACGGCCCUGCAAAGGGAGGCAAGAAGAAAAAGGACCCUAAUGCCCCCAAAAGACCACCGUCUGGAUUUUUCCUGUUUUGUUCAGAAUUCCACCCCAAGAGCAAAUCCACCAACCCUGGUAUCUCCUUUGGAGACGUGGCCAAAAAGCUGGGUGAGAUGUGGAAUAACUUGAGUGACACUGAAAAGCAGCCCUACAUCACCAAGGUGGUGAAGCUAAAGGAGAAGUAUGAGAAGGAUGUGGCCGACUAUAAGUCUAAAGGAAAGUUUGAUGUUGCCAAGGGUCCUGCUAAAGUUCCCCGGAAAAAGGUAGAAGAGGAAGAUGAGGAAGAGGAGGAGGAGGAGGAUGAAUAAAAAAACUGUUUCUCUGUCUCCUUGUGAAUCCCUUAGAGUAGAGGAGCGCCGUGACUGACCAU